UCUGAGUGGCAGUUCUUAGCUGCCCUUAGUCCCCUCCCCGUAAAUGUAACUGCUGUCCUCAGAGGAGUUAUUGAUGGCCCAGGGGUCUCUGUUAGAACUAGAAAUUCUGGAACAAAUCUGGGACUAGGGCUAUUACUCUGAAUUAUAACUCUGUGACUUUCAGGCUCUUUUCUGAACAACUUCUUUAUGGUCCCAUGAAAAUGCUUCUUGUUGAUUUGAUCCUGAGCCUACUGUUGAUGGUCCAGAAUUGCACUGGGGUCCUGGGGAACACCUUUCUUCUCUUCACCUAUGCCUCCAGAGCCUACACCAGCCAGACACCAAGGCCCACACACGUGAUCCUCAUCAACCUUGCUGUAGCCAACCUCUUGGUGCUUCUUUUCAAAGGGAUCCCUCAAAUGAUAUUUAUCUGGGGAGUGACAAACAUCCUGGGAAAUAUUGCAUGUAAACUUGUCUAUUAUACUCACAGAACAGCCCGGGGCCUUUCUCUCUGCACUACUUGCCACUUGAGCAGUAUUCAAGCCAUCACCAUCAGCCCUAGAACUGGAGGGUGGAUGAAGCUCAAAGACACAGCUUUGAAGAAUGUCAGGCUCUCCUGCUUUCUGUGCUGGAUCUCCAACCUGCUGAUAAACAUCUUUGUUCCUAUAAAGAUUCAAGCCCUUCAGAAUAUUCACAAUUCUACUAUUGCUCGGGAUUAUGGAAUCUGCUCUUCUGAAAGUCCUGAAGCAACUUACACUGUGGUUUACACAACUCUACUCUCUUUCCCAGAUGUUGUGUUCAUGGGACUCAUGGCUGGGGCCAGUGUCUACAUGGUCCUCCUCCUUCACAGACACCACCAGAGAGUGAGGCAUAUUCACACUCUUAGUAUGUCCCACAGGUUCUCCCCUGAGUCAAAAGCCACUCAGACCAUUCUGCUUUUGGCAACUACCUUCAUUUUAUUUUAUGUUGUUAAUUCUUUCCUUAUAAUUUAUAAUUCUGUGUUUUCCAAAACUCAACAUUGGUUUCAUAAUGCUACCACCUUUCUGGCUGCAUGUUAUCCCACUCUCAGCCCUCUGAUACUGAUGCUUCAAGAUCCACAACCACCAAGCUUUUGUUCUUUGAUGGUGAAAGAAAAGUUCCAAAUUACUAGGAGUCCCAUUCACAACAGUGUUUCAUUUUUUUCAGAAAAUCUCCUUAUUCACUCAUUAACAUGUGCAUGAGUGGAUGUUU